CUGUUUGUGAGAGAGUGAGAGAGGACAGGGGAACACAGCCUUUUAUGAGACUGCCUUUUGGUCACACAGUUUUGGACCCAAUCGGACGGCCGAAAUCUAAACCCCUAAACCAGUCAUUGGCUUUAAACCUUGGCCAGCAGUUCCCGCGCUUGAUCGUUAGGGUUUAAGCCUCUCGACGUGGACGUUGAAAUGGAGACUUCGCCCAGCUACUUCGACCCUGAGGAUCUCACCGUCAGAGAACAGUAUCGUCGAUACGGGUUCUGAUCUAUCUUCGCAUUCACUUUUAUCCUCUCGACAUGGACGUUGAAAUGGAGACUUCGCCCAGCUACUUCGACCCUGAGGAUCUCACCGUCAGAGAACAGUAUCGUCGAUACGGGAAAAGGCAUUCAGCUUCAAGCAUAUCCCCUCAGCAGGAAGGUUCAAUAUUUUCAAAGUUGAGUGAUGGGCAGAAUAUCCAAAAGCGACUUAAUGCUGCACUUUUUUUUGAAGACAUUAAACAAGAGGUGGAGAGUUUGGAUGCUGAUCACUCAGAAGGGACACCGGCAAAGAUGCAUUCUGCUUCUAAAAGGAGAUCAUCUAUUGACAGUCAUGGAGUCUUAGAUGCUGAUGUUGGUUUUGAUUCAAUUCGUCGAGCUGGAAGUUAUUCACUAAAAUCUUGCAAGCUUGAGGAUGAUGCAAUGGGAGAUGGCGGAGAGACAACGUUUGGUUUAUUUGCAUCUUUACUUGAUUCUGCCCUCCAAGGGUUGAUGCCCAUUCCCGAUCUGAUACUACGAUUUGAGGAAUCUUGCCGUAAUGUGUCGGAAUCAAUUAGGUAUGGGUCCAGCGGGAGACAUCGGAUUGCCGAGGACAAGCUGAUGAGGCAAAAAGCUCGAUUGCUGCUUGACGAAGCUGCUUCAUGGUCCCUUCUGUGGUAUCUUUAUGGAAAAGGGAAUGAAGAACUCCCUGAAGAUUUGGUCAUGUCACCCACAACUUCACAUUUGGAGGCUUGCCAGUUUGUUGCGAAUGACCAUACAGCACAAUUAUGCCUUCGGAUUGUUCAGUGGCUAGAAGGAUUGGCCUCCAAUGCCCUUGAUUUAGAUAAGAAGGUCCGAGGAUCUCAUGUUGGAACGUAUCUCCCCAGCUCUGGAGUUUGGCAUCAUACUCAGCGGUUUCUUAAGAAAGGUGGCUCAAAUCCAAACACUGUUCAUCACUUGGAUUUUGAUGCUCCAACACGAGAACAUGCUCAACUACUUCCCGAUGACAAGAAACAAGAUGAAUCUCUUCUGGAAGAUGUGUGGACUUUAUUAAGGGCUGGAAGGUUGGAUGAGGCAUGUGACCUCUGCCGAUCUGCUGGUCAGCCAUGGAGAGCUGCAACGUUAUGUCCAUUUGGAGGAUUGGAUCACUUACCAUCCAUAGAAGCCCUGGUGAAAAAUGGAAAGAAUAGAACUCUGCGAGCCAUUGAACUGGAAAGUGGUAUUGGCCACCAAUAUCGUCUUUGGAAAUGGGCUUCCUACUGUGCAUCUGAGAAAAUUGCAGAGCAGGAUGGGGGGAAGUAUGAAACAGCGGUCUAUGCUGCCCAAUGCAGUAAUUUAAGACGCAUGCUUCCAAUUUGUACGGACUGGGAGUCGGCAUGUUGGGCAAUGGCCAAGUCAUGGCUUGAUGUUCAGGUGGAUUUGGAAUUAGCUCGGCUUCAACCGGGGAGAUUGGAUCAGUUUAAAAGUUAUGAAGAUGAUAUUGAUAGAAGCCCUGGACAAGGAGAUCAUGCUGCUUUACAGCCUACAGUCGGACCAGAAAAUUGGCCUCUCCAAGUUCUAAACCAACAACCACGUAAUCUUGCUGCUCUACUUCAGAAACUGCACUCUGGUGACACGGUACAUGAAGCUGUUACUCGAGGAUGCAAGGAGCAGCAACGGCAAAUUGAGAUGAACCUUAUGGUUGGGGAUAUACCACAUCUGCUGGACCUUAUAUGGUCUUGGACAUCACCUUCAGAAGAUGAUCAAAAUGUCUUCAGGCCUCAUGGUGAUCCUCAGAUGAUUCGUUUUGGUGCCCACUUAGUUCUUGUGCUUAGAUAUUUACUCGCAGACCAAUUGAAGGAUUCAUUCAAACAGAAGAUUAUGACAGUCGGCGAUCUCAUUCUUCACAUGUAUGCGAUGUUUUUAUUUUCAAAGCAGCACGAGGAGUUGGUUGGGAUUUAUGCCUCUCAGCUUGCACGUCAUCGUUGCAUUGAUCUCUUUGUGCACAUGAUGGAAUUAAGGCUGAAUAGCAGUGUUCAUGUGAAGUAUAAAAUCUUCCUUUCUGCCAUUGAAUACUUGCCAUUUUCUCCCUUGGAUGAUUCAAAAGGAAGUUUUGAAGAAAUUAUUGAGAGGGUUCUUUCAAGAUCUCGGGAGAUCAAACUUGGAAAAUAUGAUAAGUCAUCUGAUGUUGUGGAGCAGCAUCGGUUGCAGAGUCUUCAAAAAUCUAUGGUUAUUCAGUGGCUGUGCUUUACUCCGCCAUCUUCUAUUAAUGAUGUCCAAGUUGUUAGUGCCAAACUUCUUCUGCAAGCACUGAGACACAGCAAUAUACUUUUCAGAGAAUUUGCUCUAAUGUCUAUGUGGAGGGUACCAACAAUGCCCAUAGGUGCGCACACUUUACUUAGUUUCCUGGCUGAGCCUCUUAAGCAACCUGGAGAAAUUCUUCUUACAUCUGACGAGCACGAUGUUUCUGAGAAUUUGAAGGAGUUUCAUGAUUGGAGUGAGUACUACUCCUGUGAUGCAACAUAUCGCAACUGGCUUAAAUUUGAGUUGGAGAAUGCAGAGGUUUCUCUCCUUGAAUUGUCAGUGGAGGAAAAACAAAGAGCCAUUACUGCAGCCAAAGAAACACUAAAUUCUUCGCUGUCACUCCUACUGAGAAAAGAAAGUCCUUGGCUGGUGCCCACUGAAGACCAUAUUUAUGAAUCAGUGGAGCCUGUAUUCCUUGAAUUGCAUGCGACUGCAAUGCUAUGCGUGCCUUCUGGUGAAUGUGUGUGUCCUGAUGCCACUCUCUGUGCUACACUGAUGAGUGCCCUUUACUCUUCCGUGAGCGACGAAGUUGUGCUGAAUCGCCAGUUAAUGGUUAAUGUUGCUAUUUCACCAAAGGAUAAUUACUGCAUUGAGGUUGUACUUCGCUGCCUGGCAGCAGAGGGUGAUGGACUUGGACCUCAUGAAGGGAAUGAUGGCGGCGUUCUAGCAACAGUGAUUGCAGCUGGCUUCAAAGGUGAGCUUGUUCGAUUUCAAGAUGGAGUUACAAUGGAUAUUUCCCGACUAGAUGCAUGGUAUUCAAGCAUGGAUGGUUCUCUGGAAUGCCCUGCAACGUAUAUUGUAUGGGGCCUUUGUCGUAGAUGUUGUCUUCCGGAAGUCAUUCUCCGAUGUAUGCAGGUUUCUGUUUCACUCAUGGAGGCAGGUAUCCUGCCUGAGAGCCACGAGGAGUUGAUUGAAUUAGUUGCAUCCCCAGAAACAGGGUUUCUACAUUUGUUUAGUCAGCACCAAUUGCAGGAAUUCCUAUUAUUUGAGAGGGAAUACUCGAUAUGCAAAAUGGAGGUUCAGGAGGAGCUUGGUUCUUGAUUCCUUCAGCUUGAAAUAGCACUCCCCUUUUUCCCUUUCAUUUACCUUUUUUUUGAGGUAAAAAUUGUAAUUUCAAUAUAUUUGUAAAAACUGUGAAAUUAGAUAACAGCUUCAUCAAUGUGUUUAUUCUUUUAUUGUGUUUGAGAA